AUGGACCACAAAUCAGUGAAAUUUAAUGAAUUUAAUCAAAAAACGGAUGUAUGGGACAAUUACAUCGACCGGUUAAAGUUUUGUUUUGAGGCUAAUGGCAUCAUGUUAGACGGCGCCAAACGAGCGAAUUUCUUUACUGUGUGUGGAGCGGAAGUCUUUGAGACUCUUUUGGCCUUGAUUACACCAAGGAAAGCUAGUGAUGUGACAUUUGUUGAAAUUGAAACAAUUUUAACAAAACAUUAUAGCCCAAAGCCAAAUGAAAUCUCCAUGUCAUAUAAAUUCUACACACGGAACCAGAAUACUAAUGAAAAUGCAUCAGAAUAUAUUGCACAGUUGAGGAAAAUUAGCUCAAAAUGUAAUUUUAUGGAAUUAGAACGGAUGCUACGUGACCGGCUUGUGUGUGGUAUGAAAGAUCGUCGUCUACAAUAUGAACUCUUGAAAAAAGAUAACCUGCAUUAUCAAGAUGUUAUUGAUGCCAUGUUAGCAGCAGAGACUGCAGGAAAAGACUACCAUAUGAUUCAUUCAUCUAUGGGUACAGAAAAUAGCAGCACAAGUACAAACUGUGCAGCAGCAACAACAACUCAAAGCUCCUCAGUGGAAGAGAUGGACAUAAAUGCAGUACAAACUAGAUCAAAUACACGACUAUGUUUUCGGUGUGGUGAUCGUCAUGGUGGUGAAUGUAGAUUUAUAAAUGCCACCUGUCGGUUCUGUAAGAAGCGAGGCCAUAUUGAGAAGAUUUGCUUGGUAAAGAAGAAAUCUUUAAAGAGAAAUAUUAAUUUCACAAAUGAUGAACACACAGAUACACACUUGAAUGGUAUUUACAGCAUUAACUGUGAAAACAAAGUAUUACCAUUUGUUGUUGAAGUAUCAUUGGAGAAUAUACCUGUUGUGAUGCAGGUAGACACAGGUGCAAGUUUUUCAUUAGUAAAUGAAUGCACUUGGAAGAAUAUAGAACAUCAGAACCAACAUAUAACUCUUCAACCAGUGAACCUUACUCUACGUACAUGGACAGAUACACCUGUAAUCUUACUUGGCCAAGCUAAACUACAAGCUCAAUACAGAGACAUCAAAUGUUCACUAAAUGUUAUUAUAGCAAAGGGUCGGGGCCCCAAUCUUCUGGGACGGGAUUGGCUGGGCCCAUUGAAUAUUGCAUUGAAUAUCAAUGUUAUAGCUAACAGUGAUCUUGUGAACAUUGAGAAGACAAUUUUAAAAUACAGCAACAUCUUCAGGGAUGGACUGGGCACAUUUAGGGGAGAUCCAGUGACCAUACAUCUCAAACCUGGUGCUACACCUAAGUUUUUCAAGGUUCGUCCAGUACCAUAUGCUAUCAAGGCUAGAGUUGAAGAGGAAAUUGAUCGCUUGGUGGCUGAAGGUGUACUGAGGCCUUUAUCUUAUUCAGAAUGGGCAACACCUGUUGUGCCAAUAAUAAAGAAGUCUGGAGACAUUCGGUUAUGUGGAGAUUACCGUAGUACUGUCAACCAAGCAACUGAGUCGGACACCUACCCCAUGCCAACAGCAAAUGAGGUAUUUGCUACAGUUGCAGGUGCGAAGUUCUUUACAACCUUAGACCUUGAUAGAGCAUACACACAAGUGAAAGUUCAAGACAGCACUGCUAAAAUGUUAACAUUAAACACAUGCAAGGGUCUCUACUCCGUACAUCGGUUACCUUUUGGAGUCAAAGCCUGCCCUGGAAUAUUCCAGAGACUCAUGACAGCAUUGCUAGCAGGAGUUCAAGGAGUGGCAGUCUUAAUUGAUGAUAUAAUUGUAAGUGGUCCUACAAUGCUGGAAAUGCAACAACGACUUGAAACUGUUCUAGACAGGAUACAAAAGGCUGGAUUUCGUCUUAACAAGAGCAAAUCUCCAAGUAAAAUAGAAGCUGUAGUGAAGACGCCAGAACCACAGAAUGUCCAGGAGUUACAGGCUUUCUUAGGACUGUAUAAUUUUUAUGAAAGGUUUAUACCCCACAAGGCAACUAUACUUGAGCCAUUACAUAGACUACUAGAUAAGUCUCAAACAUGGCAAUGGACUCAACGGGAACGAGAUGCAUUCAAUAAAGCUAAACAGUUGCUUACAUUUGAAACCACAUUAGUUCAUUAUGAUUUAUACAAACCACUAAUUCUUACGUGUGAUAGUUCACAAUAUGGCGUUGGGGCAGUGCUAUCGCAUGUGAUGGAAAACGGACAAGAAAGACCGAUCGCAAUGAGUUCUAGGACAUUAAAUUCCCACGAACGACGGUAUUCACAGUUGGACAAAGAAGCGACUGCCAUUAUGUUUGGCAUUAAAAAGUUUCACAAUUAUUUAGCGGGGAGGAAUUUUACUGUGAUAACCGACCACAAGCCCCUACUUGGAAUAUUCGAUCCAAAAAGGCCAAUGCCAUGUAUUUUAUCACCUCGUUUGACAAGAAUCGCAAUAGCAUUAACUGCGCACGAUUAUAGCAUUGCUUAUCGACCAGGAACUGAAAUCGGCAAUGCAGACAGUUUAAGUCGAUGGCCGCUACCUGUACCAGAUCAAGAGGAACAACCUCUCUAUGAAAUACUACUGAUGGCGGAAAAUCUUAGUGAUUUCCCUUUUACCGCGCUUGAAAUAUGCUCUGAAACGAAGAAAGAUCAAACUCUCUCCCGAGUUGUUCACUUUCUACAAAGCGGAUGGCCAAACAAAGUUAACGAUCGUGAUUUACGAGAACUUAUUUGUGAAACCCUGGUAUCAGAUAACGGAACUUCUUUUGUGUCCGCAGAAAUGAAAUUGUUUUUAGAAUCUAACAAAAUUAGACAUGUGACAUCCGCACCUUAUCACCCGGCCACUAAUGGCUUGGCAGAACGGAUGGUACAGACAGUGAAGGAAAAGCUUCGGAAGAUGGAUGGAUCAUGGGAAAUAAAAAUUCCAAAUAUGUUACUAGGUCUUAGGGUGACUCCGUGUUCUAAAACAAAUAAAAGCCCUUCGGAACUUUUGAUGAAUAGACGCCUACGCACGGUCUUAGAUUCUUUGCACCCUGAUAGCCUGCAGUAUAAAAAGGUUGAAGGUCAAAUAAUAAAUAAUGCACAACAGAAAAACAGAGAAACUAAUGUGGGACAAAAAAUAAUGUACAGAAAUUACACAAACGGGCCAAAAUGGUUACCUGGUCAAGUUUUCGAAAAAGAUGGCCCAUCUAAUUACAGAGUACAAACUGAAGAUGGUGCAGUUUUACGGCGUCAUAUAGAUCAAAUAAUUAAAGUACAAAAUAGAGAGAAAACAAGUGACAUACUUGGUGGAAACAACAAUGAGAGGAGUAAUGCAGAGACUGAGGAAGAUAAGAUUGAUCAAAAUGAACAGAAUAAUGAUUUAGGAAGCGGAUCAGAGCAAGAGUCAGAAAAUGAUCCUAUUAUUGAAAUACCAAGUGCAGAAAAAUGGGAAGAGAUGUUAGGAAUACCUAAAUCAGCUGAAAUUGAAACGUCAGGGGGGAAGAUCAGAACUAAACGAAAUGUUCAUUCUAAAGUUCCAUAUUCUAGACCCAGUUGUUUUAAUGAAAAUAAUGAAUAA